GUUACUCCAUUUUGUUCCAAAGACGAGCAAAGGACUUUACUUCCUUGCAAAACUGAGACCAUCAGAUCUUUUCUUAUCUUUCUACUCCUCUUUCACUCCAAACCAUGUCAGAAUCAGAGCAGUCUCCAUCGGCUAUUCCCGAUGAUGAAGAGCCAGAAGAGACUCCAGGAUAUAAACCGCCAGCACAAAAAACCUUAGAAGAAAUUCAAAAGCUCGAUGCUGAGGACGAAUCGUUGGUUCGCUACAAACAGGCUCUUCUUGCGGGUGCUGAAGCGGCGGGCGCUGAAGGAGGACCGAACGUAAUUGUUCAAAAACUAACUUUGGUAGUUGAAGGUCGACCCGACAUCGAGGUGGACUUGACCGGCGAUCUUACCAAGUUAAAGGAAAAAGCAUUUGUUAUAAAGGAAGCAGCUGAGUAUAGACUGAAAAUUACGUUUUUGGUACAAAGGGAUAUUGUUUCAGGCCUUAGACUUCACCAGGUUACUUACCGAAAAGGGAUCAAAGUUGAUAAAACUUCGUUCAUGGUUGGUAGUUAUGGACCUAAGAAAGAACCCCAUACAUUUUUAACCCCCAGUGACGAGGCCCCUAAAGGAAUGUUAGCACGAGGGCACUAUGUAGUAAAAAGCAAAUUCAUUGAUGAUGAUAAACAUGUUCAUCUUGAAUGGGAAUGGGCAUUUGAUAUCAAGAAAGACUGGGAAUAGAGCGCUUUUUUGUCCUUUAGAACCUCUAAUCACUCAGGAUUCAAGAUAUUCCAUAAUUAAAGCGUAUCACAGUUAUGUGCUCUGCUCGGUUUUUCUUGUCUGCACAGUAAACAAUUCGUAAUUGUCUUUGCUUUUGUUAUAAUUUUGUUUAUUUGGUCUUAAAACGAACGAGAGAAAACUGAUGACAUUUUAUAUGAUGCGUAAGUGAUUGUAUUUAAAGCUAUAAGUGUUUUACAAAUGUUUCUCACAAAUUCAUCCCUAAGAGUCAUUUGUUAAAUGAAAACUCUUAACCAGACCUCAUUAAACUUUUUAUUUGAUGGUA